UGCGGUUUGGUUGGGCAUAUCCGAGAUGAGUGAUGACGACGGUCCAAUGCCAAUGCCGCUUCCUGCGGGGAAGCGGCGAAAAGUAGUGGAUGUCCAAGCGGAGAAAGCUCUCCUGGAUCAACUUCCAUGCGCUGAGAUGUACGAGAAGAGCUACAUGCAUCGAGAUUCGGUGACUCAUGUGGCGUUUUCCAAGUCGACGCAAUUUCUCAUCACCGCAUCCGCGGACGGCCACAUCAAAUUUUGGCGCAAAAUGCGAACGGGGAUCGAGUUUGUGAAGCAUUACAAAGCGCACCUGCAAGCGAUUGUGGGUCUAGCGGUAUCGGACGAUGGCCUGCGCUUGGCGACGACGUCGCUCGACGGGACGAUCAAGUUUUUCGACAUUUUGGGGUUUGACAUGGUGAACAUGCUUACGUUGGGGUACAUCCCGAGUCAAUGCUGCUGGAUCUACCAAGCGGGUCACGUCGUCCCGAAGAUCGUCGUGGCGGAGAAGGGUUCGCAUGUGUUGCGAGUGUACCACGCCGAGAAAGCCAAGGACGCGGCAUUGCUGCAUGUUGUGGACAAGUUGCAUUCGGCGCCAGUGUCACUGCUGGGGUUCAACGCCGUGGCAAACGUUGUCAUCUCCGGCGACACCAAGGGCAUGUUGGAGUACUGGUCCGCCGACACGUAUUCGUUUCCCGGAUCGCCCGCGGUCAAGUUCAAGUCCAAGAUGGACACCGACUUGUACGAAUUGCUCAAGCAUCGAGCGUACGCGACCACCAUCGACGUAUCUCAAAAUGGUGCCGACUUUGUUGUGACGGCCUCGGAUUCGAUCCUGCGCGUGUUUCGCUUUGCCACAGGCAAACUCCGUCGAAAGUACGACGAAUCGUUGGUGCAAUUUGAAGAUGCCCAAGCCGACGGCAGUUUGCAGUUGGACGCGAUUGAUUUUGGGCGGCGCAUGGCCGUGGAGAAGGAAAUGGCCAGUGCUUCCGUGACAUCCAACUGCAUUUUCGACGCCAGUGGCCAUUUCCUGCUCUUCUCGACGCUUUUGGGGAUCAAAAUCCUGCACAUUGACACCAACAAGCUCGCACGGGUGCUCGGCAAGGUCGAAAACACGGAGCGGUUCACGCACCUGUGUUUGUUUCAGGGCACGCCGUCGAUCAAUACGCAAUUUCAAAAGCAUGCGUCGACUGAAGUCGAGAAGAAGCUGCUCAUGAGCGACGCCGACGACGCCAAGGCGUGGGUGGACCCGAUGGUGUUUGCCGCGGCGUUCAAGAAACCGCGCUUUUACUGCUUCUCGUCGCGGGAGCCGAUCGAUUCGGACGAUGACGAGCACGGCCGCGACGUGUUUAACGAAAAGCCGACGUUGGACGAGUCCCAAAUCUCGACCAAAACCACCGCCAAGGCGCUGGGAACCCGCGCCGUGAUCCACACGACCAUGGGCGACAUCUUCCUCACGUUGUACCCCAACGAAUGCCCCCGAACGGUCGAGAACUUUUGCACCCACGCGCGCAACGGGUAUUACGACAAUUGCUUGGUCCACCGCGUGAUCAAGAACUUUAUGAUUCAGACGGGGGACCCGCAAGGCGACGGCACUGGCGGCGAGUCCAUUUGGGGUGGGGAGUUUGAAGAUGAAUUCCAUCGGAAUCUGCGCCACGACCGGCCGUUCACAGUGUCCAUGGCAAAUGCGGGUCCGCGCACAAAUGGGUCGCAGUUCUUCAUCACGACGGUGCCCACGCCAUGGCUGGACAACAAGCACACGGUGUUUGGUCGCGUUGAGACGGGCAAGGACACCGUCGCCGCCAUCGAAGGGGUGCGCGUCGAUCGGUUCGACAAGCCGUUUGAGGACAUUCGGAUUGUCAACGUCGACAUCAUGUAGAGACAUCCACACGAUAUAUGGUUACAUUGAUUCAGCAAUAAUGCCAUCAAGCUUGUGGACGUGUACAGACGACGGUAAAGAAAUGGAGUAUGCUUUCGAGGGUUG